UUUCUACAACACUGCAUAAAAGGCUCAGUGCUGUACAACUUUACAUGUGGUCAAGAAUUAAUUAGUCUCUGGUUUGCUACUGACUCCAGCUCCUUUCCUUGGGCUGCCAAUAGAAGAGCUGAGUGACAGAAAAAGCUAACAAUUACCUGAACCAAAGCUAUUCAACAACAAAAGCUCAUCUUUAUAGAGACAUGAAAGCUGUGAUUGGACUACAGUUGAUGCUGAUAGGAGUCUGUUGUGGUGUGGAAUCUUCCUGCAAUGCCAGAAAGAAGGAUGUUCGUUGUUUUGGAGCUUUAGGAGGAACAGUGAACCUUCGAAUAAUGGAUAAGGCCUCACAACUACCUAAAUUCAUUUGGGCAAAGAAACGCUCAGAGUUAUUCCGCUGGAUUACAAACAAGAUGGUAGCUCGUACAAAAGACAAUAGAUUUCGCUUUUUUCCAAAUAAUGGAACAGUUAGGAUCACUAACCUUAGAAGGCAUGACAGAGGUGUAUAUCAACUUAUGUUCAAGAAAGGUAGAAAGCACAAGAGCACAAGAAAACUGAAGCUGUUUAUUGAAGCUCCUGUGUCUUCUGUCUGGCUAGUCUCUAAGUGUACAUCCUCGAGAAAGCAGAGGGUUUUCUGCUUUCCUGAGGCAGGGGAAGAUUAUUUUUGCAAAUGGACUAUGGAUAAAACACCUCUGAAAAAACAGUCCUUUUUUGGAUACGUUGCGACUUGCACCAUUCUUCUGGAACCAAAGACAACAGGACGUCUUGGCUGCACAAUCAGGAAUCACAUCAGUCAUUCCUUCAGAGAGAUGAAGAUAACCAGCUGUGAAGCCAAGAAAAAAUUGACCAAAUUGGAGAAGGAUGGGGCUAACAAACCAACAGUCCCAACAAAACUGUCUCCAAAAGAGAAGGAUGGAGCUAACAAACCAAAAGUCCCGCCAAAAUUGUCUCCAAAAGAGAAGAAUGGGGCUAACAAACCAACAGUCCCCCCAAAAUUGUCUCCAAAAGAGAAAGAUGGAGCUAAGAAACCAACUGUGCCACCAAAACUGGAUGUAAAAGAGAAGAAUGGGGCUAACAAACCAAAAGUCCCGCCAAAAUUGUCUCCAAAAGAGAAGAAUCGGGCUAACAAACCAACAGUUCCACCAAAAUUGUCUCCAAAAGAGAAAGAUGGAGCUAAGAAACCAACUGUCCCACCAAAAUUGUCUCCAAAAGAGAAAGAUGGAGCUAAGAAACCAACUGUCCCACCAAAAUUGUCUCCAAAAGAGAAGAAUGGGGCUAACAAACCAACUGUCCCACCAAAAUUGUCUCCAAAAGAGAAAGAUGGAGCUAAGAAACCAACUGUCCCACCAAAAUUGGCUGUAAAAGAGAAGAAUGGGGCUAACAAACCAAAAGUCCCGCCAAAAUUGUCUCCAAAAGAGAAGAAUGGGGCUAGAAAACCAACUGUGCCACCAAAAUUGUCUCCAAAAGAGAAGAAUGGGGCUAACAAACCAACAGUUCCACCAAAAUUGGCUGUAAAAGAGAAGAAUGGGGCUAACAAACCAAAUGUCCCGCCAAAAUUGUCUCCAAAAGAGAAGAAUGGGGCUAACCAACCAAAAGUCCCACCGAAAUUGUCUCCAAAAGAGAAGGAUGGAGCUAAGAAACCAACAGUCCCACCAAAAUUGGCUGUAAAAGAGAAGAAUGGGGCUAACAAACCAACAGUCCUACCGAAAUUGGUUGUAAAAGAGAAGAAUGGGGCUAACAAACCAACAGUCCUACCGAAAUUGUCUCCAAAAGAGAAGGAUGGAGCUAACAAACCAACAGUCCCACCAAAAUUGGUUGUAAAAGAGAAGAAUGGGGCUAACAAACCAAAAGUCCCACCAAAAUUGUCUCCAAAAGAGAAGAAUGGGGCUAACAAACCAACAGUUCCACCAAAAUUGUCUCCAAAAGAGAAAGAUGGAGCUAAGAAACCAACUGUCCCACCAAAAUUGGCUGUAAAAGAGAAGAAUGGGGCUAACAAACCAAAUGUCCCGCCAAAAUUGUCUCCAAAAGAGAAGGAUGGAGCUAAGAAAUCAACAGUCCCACCAAAACUGGCUGUAAAAGAGAAGAAUGGGGCUAACAAACCAAAUGUCCCGCCAAAAUUGUCUCCAAAAGAGAAGGAAGGAGCUAAGAAACCAACAGUCCCACCAAAAUUGUCUCCAAAAGAGAAGGAUGGAGCUAACAAACCAACAGUCCCACCAAAAUUGGUUGUAAAAGAGAAGAAUGGGGCUAACAAACCAAAAGUCCCACCAAAAUUGUCUCCAAAAGAGAAGGAUGGGGUUAGAAAACCAACAGUCCCGCCAAAAUUGUCUCCAAAAGAGAAGGAUGGGGCUAAAAAACCAACAGUCCCACCAACAUUGUCUCCAAAAGAGAAGGAUGGGGCUAGAAAACCAACAGUCCCGCCAAAAUUGUCUCCAAAAGAGAAGGAUGGGGCUAACAAACCAACAGUCCCACCAACAUUGUCUCCAAAAGAGAAGGAAGGAGCUAAGAAACCAUCUGUGCCACCAAAAUUGUCUCCAAAAGAGGAGGAUGGAGCUAAGAAAACAACUGUGCCACCAAAAUUGUCUCCAAAAGAGAAGGAUGGGGCUAACAAACCAACAGUCCCACCAACAUUGUCUCCAAAAGAGAAGGAUGGGGCUAGAAAACCAACAGUCCCGCCAAAAUUGUCUCCAAAAGAGAAGGAUGGGGCUAACAAACCAACAGUCCCACCAACAUUGUCUCCAAAAGAGAAGGAAGGAGCUAAGAAACCAUCUGUGCCACCAAAAUUGUCUCCAAAAGAGAAGGAUGGGGCUAAAAAACCAACAGUCCCACCAACAUUGUCUCCAAAAGAGAAGGAUGGGGCUAACAAACCAACAGUCCCACCAACAUUGUCUCCAAAAGAGAAGGAUGGGGCUAGAAAACCAACAGUCCCGCCAAAAUUGUCUCCAAAAGAGAAGGAUGGGGCUAACAAACCAACAGUCCCACCAACAUUGUCUCCAAAAGAGAAGGAUGGGGCUAGAAAACCAACAGUCCCGCCAAAAUUGUCUCCAAAAGAGAAGGAUGGGGCUAGAAAACCAACAGUCCCGCCAAAAUUGUCUCCAAAAGAGAAGGAAGGAGCUAAGAAACCAUCUGUGCCACCAAAAUUGUCUCCAAAACAGACGGAUGGAGCUAAAAAACCAUCUGUGCCACCAGAAUUGUCUCCAAAAGAGAAGGAUGGGGCUAAAAAACCAACAGUCCCACCAACAUUGUCUCCUAAAGAGGAGGAUGGAGCUAAGAAAACAACUGUGCCACCAAAAUUGUCUCCAAAAGAGAAGGAUGAGGCUAGAAAACCAACAGUCCCGCCAAAAUUGUCUCCAAAAGAGAAGGAUGGGGCUAGAAAACCAACAGUCCCGCCAAAAUUGUCUCCAAAAGAGAAGGAUGGGGCUAGAAAACCAACAGUCCCGCCAAAAUUGUCUCCAAAAGAGAAGGAUGGGGCUAGAAAACCAUCAGUCCCGCCAAAAUUGUCUCCAAAAGAGAAGGAUGGGGCUAAAAAACCAACAGUCCCACCAACAUUGUCUCCAAAAGAGAAGGAUGGGGCUAACAAACCAACAGUCCCACCAACAUUGUCUCCAAAAGAGAAGGAUGGGGCUAGAAAACCAACAGUCCCACCAACAUUGUCUUCAAAAGAGAAGGAUGGGGCUAACAAACCAAAAGUCCCACCAAAAUUGUCUCCAAAAGAGAAGGAUGGAGCUAAGAAACCAACAGUCCCACCAACAUUGUCUCCAAAAGAGAAGGAUGGGGCUAAGAAACCAAACAUACCACCAAAAUUGUUUCCAAAAGAGAAGGAUGGGGCUAGAAAACCAACAGUCCCACCAAAAUUGUUGAACCAGGACAAAAUGCCUCCGGCUGACCCCAAGGACAUUAGCAGUAUUAUACAACGACUUCAGUCUAUAGAAAUGAAGAUCAAACAGCUGGAGGUGAACUUUGAAAUCAACGCUAACUGUGGAAAUGAGACAACUCUUCCUCAAAUCAACGGAGAGGUUGUACGCCUCGCAUCAAGCAGCUCACCCUGGAACGCUCUGGGUGCCAAGCCGAAGCAAAAGUCUCACACUGCAUAUCUGAUGAGGGGACUGACAGGGAGAACCCCUCACCUGGACGAAUCAGCGUGGCCGGCUCUGAGCCACAUAAAGACAGUUACAUCUGAAAAACCCACAGGGACCUGA